CUCCCCUCUCCCUCCCAACCCUCUUCUCUGUGACGCAAUGCCGUCUCCCACCGCCUCCACCGCGCGGCGGCGGCGGCGGCGCCUUCGCGCCGCCGGCCUGUGUUGCGCGCCCGUGCUGCUGGCCCUGAUGGCGCUCUCGGUCGGCGCGGCGGCGGAGACCUCGGCGUCGGACGUGGAGGCGAUGCGGGCGGUGGCGAAGGCGAUGGGCGCGGACAAGACGCUGGGAUGGGACACCGCCGGCGACCCCUGCUCCCCCAAGCCGUGGGACCGGGUGGCCUGCGACUCGGGCCGGGUCAUCGCGAUCCAGGUCGGGGGGCGCGGCCUGAAGGGGACCCUGGCCCCGGAGGUGCGCAACCUCACCGCGCUCACCCGCCUCGAGGUCUACGGGAACUUCCUCGACGGCCCGCUGCCCUCGCUCGCGGGGCUCUCCUCGCUCCAGGAACUUCUGGCCCGCGACUGCAACUUCACCUCCAUCCCCGCCGACUUCUUCAAGGGCCUCACCGACCUCCGCACCGUCGACAUCGACCACAACCCGUUCGCUCCGUGGACGCUCCCCGACGACCUCGCCGCCUGCAACGCCCUCACCAACUUCUCCGCCAACGGCGCCAACAUCUCCGGCACGUUCCCAGACUUCUUCGGCUCGAUACCGAGCCUACAGCGGCUGUCGCUGUCCUACAACCAGCUCUCAGGGCCCGUGCCGGCGUCGCUGGCCGGCGUGCCGUUGGUGCAGCUCUGGCUCAAUAACCAGAACGGGGGCGGUUUCAAUGGGUCGAUUAGCUUUGUCAGCAACAUGACGUCUCUGGAGCAGCUGUGGCUGCAAUCUAACUCCUUCACUGGGCCCUUGCCUGACUUCACAGGGUUUGAUAGUCUAUGGGAUUUGGAACUCCGCGACAACAAGCUCACAGGGCCAGUACCAGACAGUCUUGUCAAGUUGAAAUCUCUGAAGAAGUUGACCCUGACGAAUAAUUUGCUGCAAGGGCCGAUGCCUGAAUUUUCUGGUGAUCUGAAACCUGACUUGGUCGCAACAUCAGAGCGAUUCUGCUUGCAGGAACCUGGAAAGCCAUGCGAUCCCCGUGUGAGCCUGCUGCUUGAGGUGGCUGCUGGGUUCAUGUACCCAAGCUCGCUUGCAGAAAAUUGGAAAGGGAAUGAUCCAUGUAAUACUUUUGGUGGUGUUGGAUGCAAUAGAGAAGGGAACAUUACUAGGCUGUCUUUAACCAACAUGGGUCUCAGUGGGAGUAUCCCUCCAGCCAUUGGAAAGAUUGGCUCACUUCAGUUGCUGAUUCUUGCUAAUAACAACAUCACUGGUACUGUACCAGAGGAGGUUGCCUCAUUGCCUUCGCUGAGAGAAGUUGAUUUGACAAACAACAAUCUUUAUGGGAAACUCCCUACCUUUGCUUCCAAGAAUGUAGCGUUGAAAACUGCUGGCAACCCAAACAUAGGCAAGGAUGCUCCCGCACCAACAGCUGGAUCAGGUGGUACGGGCAAUGACAGUCCAUCGGGGCGAGGCAGUAGCGGAAGCAGUGGAAACAAUGGGGGAUCCUCUUCAUCUUCUAUUGGAGUCAUUGCAGGCUCAGUGAUUGGCGCAGUUGCUGGACUGGGCCUUGUUGCUGCAUUAGGAUUCUAUUGCUACAAGAGAAAGCAGAAGCCUUUCGGAAGGGUGCAGAGUCCACAUGCCAUGGUCAUCCAUCCCCGCCACUCCGGUUCAGAUGACAUGGUCAAAAUCACAGUUGCAGGGGGAAAUGCCAAUGGCGGUGCUCGAGCAAGCGAGACAUAUAGCCAAGCAAGCAGCAAUCCACGGGAUAUCCAUGUUGUUGAAAGUGGAAAUAUGGUCAUUUCAAUCCAAGUUCUCCGCAAUGUGACCAACAACUUCAGUGAGCAUAACAUCUUAGGCCGAGGUGGGUUUGGCACUGUUUACAAGGGUGAGCUUCACGAUGGCACAAAGAUUGCUGUGAAGCGGAUGGAGGCUGGUGUGAUGGGUAACAAAGGGCUAAAUGAGUUCAAAUCAGAGAUUGCUGUGCUGACCAAGGUCCGUCACCGGAACCUUGUGUCACUGCUUGGCUAUUGCCUUGAUGGCAAUGAGAGGAUUCUUGUGUACGAGUACAUGCCACAGGGGACACUGAGCCAACACCUGUUUGAGUGGUCAGAGAACAAUCUGCGGCCAUUGGAAUGGAAAAAGCGACUGAGCAUCGCACUUGAUGUUGCAAGGGGUGUUGAGUACCUGCACAGCCUUGCUCAGCAGACUUUCAUCCACAGAGACUUGAAGCCAUCAAACAUACUUCUUGGCGACGACAUGAAGGCAAAGGUGGCGGACUUUGGAUUGGUCAGGCUUGCACCAGCUGAUGGGAAGUGUGUCUCAGUAGAGACAAGACUUGCUGGCACGUUUGGGUACCUUGCCCCAGAGUAUGCAGUUACUGGACGAGUAACGACAAAAGCUGAUGUCUUCAGCUUUGGCGUCAUCUUGAUGGAACUGAUUACUGGACGCAAGGCACUUGAUGAAACUCAGCCUGAGGAUAGCAUGCACUUAGUUACAUGGUUCCGGAGAAUGCAGCUCAACAAAGACACGUUCCGUAAAGCAAUCGACCCUGUUAUUGAUCUUGACGAGGAGACAUUUGCUAGUGUUAGCACUGUUUCAGAGCUUGCUGGUCACUGCUGUGCUAGGGAACCACACCAAAGGCCCGACAUGGGCCAUGCUGUCAAUGUGCUCUCUACCCUUUCAGAUGUGUGGAAACCAACCGAUCCAGACUCGGACGACAGCUAUGGUAUCGACCUUGACAUGACGCUGCCUCAGGCGCUGAAGAAAUGGCAAGCUUUCGAGGAUAGCAGCCAUUUUGAUGGCGCGACUUCUUCGUUUGUUGCAAGCUUGGACAACACUCAGACAAGCAUCCCUACAAGGCCUCCAGGAUUUGCCGAGUCGUUCACCUCUGCCGAUGGAAGAUAGACAGCUAGUUGCUAGGGUGUGCCUAAACCUUAUGCUUCUGUUGAAAUAGAAGGCUCAAGUGAUCCUUGUGUUCAUUCUUUUGGUCUCUUCACCCCAGAUCUUAAUGUCUCUUUAUUCGGCCCUGUACUGCCAUUUAGCUGCCCUUUGAUCAUGUAUGCAGUGAUCUUGACUGAUUGCCUGGAAGUUUGCAAAUUUCGCUAACUGGAUAUGUCGUUUGCUAAGAUUAAGUAGAAGAAUGCAAGGGUUGUUGUUGGUUGUAUCGAAUAUUGAUGAUUUGCAAAUGAAGGUGAUCCUAUUCGUUGAAAA